CUUCAUCAUCGCCAUCUUCGCCUCCUCUCCCUCGCCGGCCAAGCCUGCGUCGUUCAUCUACCCUACUUGCGAAGGAUCUUCCAGACGAAACCUCUCAACUGUGCCCACUUGCUCACGCUGUCACCUUUCUCACUCCCCCGUCAAAAUGGACCCCAAGUAGCUAGCCGCCAUCCGUCUCUAGGCCAAGAGAGCCGACUAGCCCGCCCCCAAGAAGCCCCGUCUGUUGAAAGCCGAGAGGGAGGCCGAGAUAAGGAAGCAGGCAAAUCAUCUCAGACAUGAAAGUCCUGGGCGUCGUCAUCCCUGACGCCUUUCAAGCUGCGCCUGCUCCCCCGGCCGCAGAACGGCAGCUGACUCCAGGGCAAAUCGCUCGUAAGGCCGAGCUCGAAGCAGAGCUUAAUGAAAUCAAAUCGAAAAUCGGGAAGACAAAGGAAAGCAAAGGGGAGAUAGAAGAGCAGAAGAAGUUGGAGGAGAAGCACGAUGCCAUCAAGGCCGCGCUGAAGGACCUAAGCUCCGCCUUCAAGGCGGUCGUGGUGCGCCUGAAGAAUCUCAAGCAUGUGUAG